AUGUCGGACUCAGCAUCGACCGUUGCGACGAAACAACGCCUCCUCAGGCUUUCUAUAAAAUACCCUGCCGAAGGCGGAAAGACCGAUGCUAUCGACUACAUCUUCAUCGAGGUCGUCCCUGACAUGGCCGCCACCACCCAGUGGAGGGCCGAUACCCUCCACGUCUACCGGGCCGUCCGGAAUCCCGAGCUUUGGGAGACCGGCGUCGUCGUGCUGGCCGAGACCGACAACAUCCUGCCGCCUGGAGCUGAGAGGCAUUCGUGGGGCCAAGGCCAGAGCCCGAGCUGGUGCGAGAACCGGGAAAUGCCGUGGGAGCCCAUCCUCACGGCAUAUGCCAGCAGCCGCGCCGAUGGCAACAAGGUCAAGGCGGACAAGUGGGUGGACGAGACUAUCAAGGCCUUGAAUGUGCGCUUCGCCUGGUGGGAGCUUGAUAGGAUCGAUAUCCCAUACCGCGAGGUGCGCCCGGCCGCGACGGCCCCCCCGGCCCCACCAUCAUCGGCCCGCGCACCGCCACCGGCCGGUCCCUACGAGUUCCAUUUCUUCGCGUAUCUCAGGAAGGAGCACAUGAUAUACGAGAGGAAAUAA